AUGAUAUCCAUUAGAGUUAUCUUGGGGUUAGCAGCUAGUUUAGACCUCGAGAUUGAGCAGCUUGAUGUGAAGACUAUAUUCAUUCAUGGUGAUUUGGAGGAGAAGAUCUACAUGGAGCAGCUGGAGGGUUUUAAAGUGAAGGGAAAAGAACACAUGAUUUGCAGGAUAGAGCCAGGCACACCGCAGCAUAAUGGAGUUGCAGAGAGAUAUAACAGGACCAUUAUGGAGAAAUUACAUCCUACAGAUAUAGAGCAGGUGCAUGAUGAUGAUGUUGAUGAUGAUGGUCAGAUAACAAAACAGGGAGAUAGUGAUCAGGAUCACAAGCAGGAGGCUCCUCGGCAGGGGGAGUAUCACCAGCAGUAG